AUGUCUCAAGCGAACCCUCCGUUCCCUGGCCGAAAUGUCUACGCUUCGUCGAGUAAGCUGCCCGAUCGCACGGCAUUGAAAUCUGGAGCGUCUGCUCCUCCGCAAACGUACGCGCAGUCGACCUUCGGCCGGCGGCCAGAACAGCCGUACCAAUUCGGACAAUCAACGACGACCCAACCGCAGCAUGGCACUCUGGGGGGCAGACAAAGCAUGGAAAAGGAAUCGAACGCGCUGAGUGAACUCAGCGAGGAACAGAGGGACGAGAUCAACGAAGCAUUCUCUUUAUUUGAUCUCGAUAGGGACCGCCAUCUGGACUACCACGAGCUUCGAGUCGCCAUGCGGUCCCUGGGCUUCACGUUACCGAAAGCCGAAGUGUCGCAGAUAAUGCAGUCUCAUGGUGUACCAAAACCGCAGUUCAAAAGGGGCCCACCAGGCAGGGGACAGCAGUCCUAUCACUCUAGUCAACUUCUCUUGCCCCAGAGCGCGUUUCAACGCGUUGCAGCGCAGAAAGUGUUCGAGCGCGAUCCAACAGACGAAGUAGAGCGCGCUUUACUGCUAUUUGACCCAGACCAAAGGGGCUACAUUGAAGUCGACGACAUCCGAAGGGUGUCUCGCGAACUUGGAGAGACUGGUCUUGAGGACGAGGAGAUACAAGCCAUGGUUGAAGAGUUUGAUUAUGACGGGUCGGGUACCGUCGCGAAAGAGGCGUUCUAUGCUAUCUGUCUGCAGUGA